AUGGUCACAUGUAAUUCGCUAGAUCUGACCGAAGGGCUGCUGGGGAUGGAAGUGCCAAAGACGAGUAGCAAAGUCCGUUGGAAGGACGGCCACACCAGCAUUCUUCCAGCUGUAUACAACGAGUACCAGAUAAAUGUCUGCAAUUCGGUUGAUAUACCUAUAAUCAAUUAUCUCGCCGAGUUUCCAUCAUCCACACCUGCUUCAAAUCACGUUUUACAUCUCACCAACAAUGACUUGGGCUCAGACGAAAUCUUGGAUCGAGUUGAGGGCGCCCUCGGUAACAAUAAGCCAGUCGUGAUACGAGGUGUAGAGCACCAACCACUCGCUGGUGAAUUCACACCAGACUAUCUGGACAGGCACUUCGGCAUCUCUCCUAAUCGAGCAGUCUAUAUCCACGAUGUACAGGCUCGUGCCGCAGAUCAUGUGAAUGUCACGAAGCCUGGUACUAUCGCGUCUUUUUUUGCAUCGAUCAUGGAUCCAAGGAAGAUCAAAUGUGUUUUGGACCUGCCACUUGCGCAUACGACGCUGCCGCAAUCUCUCAAGCACCUUGAUCACGGUCUUGUUUAUGGAUGGAAUGAAACUUUAUACGAUGUUCCAGCAAAAUCUAACGUACAUCCGGAAAAUUUCACUGUGAAGGGAUGGGGAUUGCUUCACCAGGCGGGAUAUCUCACGUAUCCCCACCAUGACGCCGAAGGAACACUGACAUGGGUAAGGAUGGAAUUCGGUCUGAAAUUCUGGACGGUUUUUAGGCUCAAGUCUCAAUAUGAUAAUCGAAUUCACAUUCAAGAGGUUGUAUGCAGAUUGGGAAAUUUUACAGAACACGAAGCGUGGGCGCGGGAGCACUGUGAUGCUGAAGUUAUAACCCUCACGCGUGGUGAUAUAUUGAUAAUGCCUCCGGGGAUGCCACACGCAGUUUACACGCCCGUUAAAUCCUUUGCGACAGGCGGGCACGCCUAUAACUUCCGUUGUUUGCACCUCUCUGAACUCGCUCGUUACAUCGAUGCUACAACCGGUGAUUGUACAACAAACCAGAAGCUUGAACACGCGCUAGAGACACUUCGUCGGAUGUUGCUAGCCGUUCCGCGUCUUUCUCCAAGAAUCAGACUGUUCAAGCGUCCCUUACUAAGCUUGUGUAUCAUGGCCACACAAGGACAACAGUAUCGCGCGAAAGGCGGUAGCAAGCACGGGGUGGAAGACCGGGAGACUGCAAAGCCAAGUGCCGAUAUAGCAGAUGCUAUCUUCAAGCAUCUAGGUGUCUCGAAACGGAUGCCGGCUUCUACAAUACUAUACGAAGGCAACCAGUUUGUCACCGGUGAUGAAAUUUCGAGGGACCAUCUUGCUAGAGUGUUGAAGAGGUUUACAGUGUUAUAG